GCGUUUAACGUUUCUUCGAUCAGAUCGGCGACGCGGCGUGGUGAAAGGGACCCAAGGGUGAAGCUUUGAAGGUUUGAACGCCAACGUUCGCCGUUAAACACAGCAUCCAGGGCUGCAGAGGCCCGCAGAAACUAUUUUCCAGCCAACAAGGUUGGAAUCUUCUAUAUAUGUCGAACCUACAUGAAUAGCCACAUUCGUGAUCUAAAUGCUCCGAGCCAUCGUGCAUUUGGUUGGCAGCAUACUUACCAUAACUUACCAGUAGGGCAUCACAUCGUGUUCACAUCUGAUGGCAGCCACAGUCUAUUCCGAAUAUGCAACAGGUACACGCUGUUGUAUAUAUAGAACCUUUGUGAGGACACACCCGCCCUUUUUCUCGAGUCAGUCAUCAUUGUAGGAGCGAUCCAGCUUAUCACUCUGUAUUGCUAAUUAUCCUGCUCCGUCCCUAGGCUCUUUGGCUUCCCUUUCCGCAGGCUCUUUGCUGAGCGUCGCAGCAUUCCAGCAUGGUCGUGAUUACGCUCUACCGCUACAUAAGGAAGCAAAUUGGAAAAAAGAAUGGUCCUGCUGCGCAGGAUGUUGUGCCGCCUAUGACUGGGGCAUUUUCAGGCUCGUCAAUUCCUCAAAGAGAUGAUUCUGACACCACAGAGCAGAAUAACAGUGGCUCGUUGAAGUGGAAGAUCGUGCUCAUGAUCGGGUUAGCUAUCCCUAUCUUCCUCGAAACAUUAGACUACACUGUCGUUGCCACUGCUCAAGUUCAUAUUGCCUCUGCGUUCAAUCGCCUCGACUUGCAAAGUUAUAUCGGCACGGUGUACCUCCUGACAUCAACAGUAUUCCUUCCUCUGUUUGCGUCCAUCGCGGAUGUGUUUGGCAGACACUUGGCAUUGCAAAUAUCGCUCUUCUUUUUCAUGGUUGGGAGCGCGAUUAGUACGGGCAGUCACAAUAUGCCAACCAUGCUUGCCGGACGGGGCGUGGCUGGUGCUGGCGCAGCAGGUUUACUAGCGGCUGUUCGGAUCAUCCUCACCGACUCAAACUCAUUGGACGAUAACAAUUGGCAGCAGUCCUUGCUCUUUGUGUUAUACACAAUUGGAUUCUGUUUGGGCCCAUUCAUUGGUGGUGAACUCGUCACUGUAUCCUUCCGAUGGAUCUUUGCUAUCAAUUUACCCUGCGCCGCGGUUGCGAUGGCUGUCGCAUUUUUCCUGCUGCGUGGACGUGUCCAAGGUGGGCAGACGGCCGAAGAGCUCCCAUCGUCGUCUCCAGACGCUUCCGCCAAGCUAUCUUUCCUGUCUAAAUUUCUUGAAAUCGACUGGGUCGGAGGCGCUUUAUUCAUGGCCGCUGGUAUACUCAUUCUACUCGCUCUUAACUGGGGUUCAACGGAACAAUGGGAUACCGCAAAAGUCGUCGUGUGCUUCGUCAUUGGUGGUGUGCUCUUGUUGGCCUUUCUGUUCUGGGAACAUGUUCUCGUUCAGAAGGCAAACUACGGUGGUACAUCGACAUUGCGCCGUGCCCUGUAUACCGGGCCAAUGAUCCCACUCGCGAUAUUCAAGUCUCUAGACGUCUGUAUCGUGAUGUAUGGCGUGUUCGUGUCAGGCAUGAUCAUGCUGGUCAUGUUCUAUUUUGUGGCGAUUUUUAUGACCAUUGUGACUGAUCUUCCCCCUAAUGAAGCUGGCGUUCAACUGUUGUAUUUUGCUCCUGGCAUGGGAGGAGGGUCCAUCAUCUCCAUUAUCAUGAUCAGACGGCUGAGACAGCCCAAAAUUGCAAUCGUUCUCAGUGGUGUUGUGAAUACGGUCGCCUUAGGUCUCAUUUCCAUGGGCAUGCAACAAAACAAGCAGAACCUAGUCAACGGGUUUAUGGCUAUGGCUGGUGUCGGCGUUGGACUUGGCAUAGGACCACUCGCAGUCCAAGCUAGAUUCACUCAGCCCGAGGAACGUGUCGCUAUUAUAGCCGCUCUCACCCUUUUCUUCCGUUCCUUUGGAGGUACUGUCGGUCUUGCCCAAUGCGGUGCAGUGUUGAACGGCAAAGUAAAUCACUACAUCACCCGGUUGGUCACUUCGGGCGUCAUCAGCGGUGCAGCCGCCCAAGCCAUCGCAAGUGCUUCUAGCAGUUCCGAUCUCAGUUCCAUCCAGAGUAUCAGUUCACUCCCACCAGACAUCCAAGAGUUCGUGCGGGACGCGUUUAGGGAUGGUUCACGAUGGAGUAUUAUCUCGCUCGUCCCUUGGGCAGCGGUGGCAACGAUAUCCAGCUUGUUCUUGUCGAGGAUCCAAGAUCGCACGCGGGCUGGGGUUGCAAAAGCCGACGAUGAGCGUCCACCGGUAGAGUCGUUGCCCAGCAAGGAGAAGAAUAUUAAAGUCACAGCCAACGAUCCGGGGUCGAAGGCCGAACCCGUUAAAUAGGACAGGGCGGACAAUUGAGCUACCGUAUGUUAGUGGGCUUUUUUCAUUUGGACGAUAUGUAGGGUGCAUUUUGGAUAAUUUCUUUGACCUUCUAUGCGAUGGACGGGUUUGGCUAAUGAUUGGGCAUCGUAAUAUACCCGCUUCUCCUUCUCCUCAACCCCACCCAACGGGCCUCAAAGGAUCUUAAGAAAGGUCAAAAUCCACGAAACCAUACCAGCAAAUGUCGCCUGAAUCUGAAUUGAAAGGAUUCCUCAUUGAUUUCGCAGACAUUCUACAUAUUUUCUUGACUGCGCAAGAGUACUCAUCAAUAAGGCGUAUGUGUUGCAGUCUUCGCAAGUCUCACGAAUGUAUCCGCCCUGUACACGAACCCCAUUCACACAACGGAUUUGACCGGGGGACAAAUAUGUAUUCAUUACCAGUCCAACUCAGGACACAGAUCCUACAUCACAAGUCGUCAUCGUCGUGACAACCCGCGUCCGUAACUGAAUAUGCUGUGUCUCAAUCAAAUGCACCACCUCAACAACAACGCUCCAUCAUUGAUCAUCUGCUACCAGCUCCAAUCGUCUGUCAAACUUUGACAUCUUCGAAAUUGCCAUUGUUCGACUGAGCGGAGUGCGGGGGCUGCGUCGCGGCUCCGAUCCCUCCUAUGUAUCCUGUAGCUUUCUCAUCGUUGGCGUUAUAGAGAGGGAUACCGCUGAGAGCUGUCAAGGGAGCAGCUGGAUACCCUCCAAGGGGUGCUUGUGGGUAGACUGGAGCAGAGAUCGGGGCUGCGUUGUUGUAGUAGUAGGCUGCAGCUGGGUCAGAGGGGCCAUUUACCAAAUACUACAAUGUUGUCAGUAUUUCAAGAGCCUCGCGAGAAGAGCAUGCGUACGUACGGCAGGGAGGUGAGCCGCAGGGUGAAAAGAAGAGACAGGCACAUAGGACGCUGGAAGCGUGACUUGCAAUCUCUGUGUAACCACAUUUAGAGUAUACAUCGGAAGGUGCUUAAAAGGCACAUACGAUGGUGUUGCC